UGUCUUCUGUGUUGUCUCCCCCUCUCUCUCUCUGUCUGUCCCUUCUUUUCCCCCCCUCCUCAAUUACCCAUCUGUUAUUCAUCCCCCCCUUUCUUUUUUUUCAUUUGUUUUAUUUUGUUUGUUUUGUUAUUUUUGGAUGUAGCAAGUCUCACAGCUUCUGUCCAUGCUCCAUCAGGGCCAGUACCAGCCCAGACCCAGUUUCCGUGGCAACAAAUACUCCCGCAGCUACAGGUAUGCAUUACAAGACAUGGACAAGUUCAGCCUGAAGGACAGUGGCCGUGGGGACAGCGAGGCGGGAGACAGUGACUGUGACAUGGGGAGGGAAUCCCCCGUGGACAGACUGCUGCUGGGGGAGGGCUUUUCUGACCUGAUACACCUCGAAAUGCACCAUCGACUCCACCCAGCCAUGAGACUGUGCACGGAUGAAUGUCGUGUCCUGGGACACUCUGACCAGUGCUGGAUGCCCCCUCUCUCCUCGCCCGCUUCCUCCUCUGACUACCGCAACAACAUGUACAUCCCCGGGGAGGAGUCCUCGCAGCAGCCACAGCUCGACGAUGACCAGUCUUCGGUCGACUCAGAGCGCCGCAAGAGCUUCUCCACGUUUGGUAAAGAGUCUGGGAGCGAAGAAGCCAUUGCCGGGGGAGUUGUCGCCGGAGGAGGAAGUGAUGCAUGUGCGGCCGGAGGAGGGGCUGGCUCCCUCCUCACAGAGAUGAACUCUGUGUUCCAGCGACUUCUCCCCCCCAAUAUGGACUCCUACACAGAGUGCACUGAAACAAGCCCCCCCCCCUCCUCGUCAACUACUGAGAGAGGAACUGGACGUAGCAGCAACACUGCAGGUAACCACAGUAACAACACUGUUCCUCAGGAUAGCCGCAGAGGGUUGCUGCCAGGUGGGAAAGGUCCCGCUUAUCCCCCAGGUGUGGCUGCAUGGGCGGCAAAUACCCACUAUCUGAACCCUGGAAGUGGAUCUGUGGGUACCAACCACGUUUCCCCCUCUUCCUCGUCCUCCACUUCCUCUUCAUCUUCGACCCCAACUGCCACCUCCACUAAUGGGCAGCCGCCUCACCUCAAAUGGCUACCAGCCAUGGAGGAAAUCCCAGAGAAUUAUGAGGAAGAUGACUUUGAUGGCGUCUUCCACCAGGGUCACCAAGGUGGGAAGCGCAGCGAGAGCCGCCAUGAGGCUGGCAUGGACGCUAGUGAGCUGGUGCAUGAGAUCAACAAACUGCUGCAGGAUGUCAGACAGAACUAGAGAGGGAGAAAAACAUGGCGUGGCAUGCUAUCACAAUGUGAGGAGAGAGAACAAUUCAACACAUUCUGGCAAAUGCUUGUUCUUCGUGCCAUCGUAUACAUAUAAACUACAUGAUGACUGUUUCUUGUUCACUGUAAUGCUUGUCUCGUCUGUUUUACCAAAUAUCCUCUUUGCUGCUCAGUGCUGAGAGACUCGCAGAGAAAAAGUAAAACAUGGCACUGAAAUUAUGAUGGAGGUGACUUAACGGCAUCAAAGCCAGCGCGCGGAGAACAGAUUGCUCAGUUGUCAUUACAGUCCCUUCGAUUUCAAACCGAAAUCCACCCACAAAAACUGUACCCUUUCUUCAUUUGUAAUGUUUACAGCAGCAAGAACAGACUCCGCGGGGAGAAACCAACAGCUGUGUGAUCUAAUUUCUGCUUUUACAGUGUACAAUAUUGUACAGUGUCUGUGGGAAAAAGGCAAACUCACUUGAAUAUUGUGCUACGUCUCCUGUUUUGUUAUUAUGGAAUGUAACUGUACAAUUUGACCUUUGUAUUUUAAAAAUACACUCUUUUCUACUUCUAUAUAUUUAUAUGUGUCCAUGUAUGUUUGUACAGAAAAAGAAAACAAAUGUCUAUUUUUUAUAUUGUCACUGCAUGUCUUAAUAUCACUCAAUGUGUCUCAUUUCCUCUGCCCUGUUUAUUUGAUAAAACAACUGUAUUUAAUUUUCUUAUUGAAUGUGUGUGCCUGUGUGUGUGCGUAUUAAUAAUAUCACAUUCCAAUGCAGUUCCAUGUAGGAAUUUGGUUUUGUAUGAUAUCAUUGUGACCAGUGGAUGGUAAAUAAAGUGAAGGGA